UGACACCAUCUGUGCGACGUGUGACCUGCAGCUCUGAUUGGUCGAAACCUCGUCGCUUCACCAGAGGCCUCGCCCACUCUCCGGCAGAGGACAGCUUGAAGAUGGCGGCGUCGCUGAGGUGCUUUCUCCGCUCAGGAAAGAAAGCCGUGUCGGCUCUGGGCCAGCGGGAGUUUCACAAGAGCGCUCCGGUCGCGGCGCAGGUGACUGUUCGUGAUGCCCUGAACCAGGCGAUGGACGAGGAGCUGGAGAGGGAUGAGCGGGUGUUUCUGAUGGGUGAGGAGGUGGCUCAGUACGACGGCGCCUACAAGGUGAGCAGAGGCCUGUGGAAGAAGUACGGAGACAAACGCAUCAUCGACACUCCCAUCUCAGAGAUGGGGUUCGCUGGCAUCGCAGUCGGAGCCGCCAUGGCCGGCCUCAGACCCAUCUGCGAGUUCAUGACCUUCAACUUCUCCAUGCAAGCCAUCGACCAGGUCAUCAACUCUGCAGCUAAGACCUGCUACAUGUCUGCCGGCCUGCAGGCGGUGCCCAUCGUCUUCAGAGGACCCAACGGGGCGUCGGCCGGCGUCGCUGCUCAGCAUUCACAGUGCUUCGCUGCGUGGUACGCUCACUGUCCGGGUCUGAAGGUGGUCAGUCCCUGGAACUCAGAAGAUGCCAAAGGUCUGCUGAAGUCGGCCAUCAGAGACGACAACCCCGUGGUUUUCCUGGAGAACGAGCUGCUGUACGGAGUUCCCUUUGAGAUGUCCGAGGAGGCACAGUCCAAAGAUUUCACCAUUCCUAUCGGCAAGGCCAAGGUGGAGAGAGCAGGAACCCACGUCACUCUGGUGUCUCACUCUCGGUUUGUGGGUUACUGUCUGGACGCCGCCGCCGUCCUCACUAAGGAGGGGAUCGAGUGUGAGGUGAUCAACCUCCGCACCAUCCGUCCGAUGGACGUGGAGAGCAUCGAGGCCAGCCUGAUGAAGACCAACCACCUGGUGACGGUGGAGGGCGGCUGGCCUCAGUUUGGAGUCGGAGCAGAGAUCUGCGCCAGGAUCAUGGAAGGUCCCGCCUUCAACUACCUGGACUCUCCGGUUACCAGGGUAACGGGCGUCGACAUCCCGAUGCCGUACGCUAAAAUCCUGGAGGACCACAGCCUGCCGCAGAUCAAAGACAUCAUUUUCUCCGUGAAAAAGACCCUGAACGUCUGAAGAAGAACGUCCAGCCCACGUUGUAAAUACCAAGAAAAUGUUCCGCUAGAAAAACACUCCUCCGUUUUCCAGCCAGAUGUUGGUCGAAGAAACGCACAACUUUAAGGGUUCGGGAUUUUAUCACCGAAGGCUGGUCCCAUGUGGAAGUUUAACGACAACCAAACUACUAAAGAGUGGCACGAAAAAUAAUCCAAAUUUAUCUUCUUUAUCUUCCUGAAAAGCUUCCGUCUGACUUUCAAUCAAACGUUUUAUUUAUUUCACCAUUUUCCAGAUAUUUUUGACCUGAAACCGUAACGCCAGACUGUUUGGAUGAAGUUCUUAAUUUAGAGCUUUUUUUCUUUUGUAAAUUCAAAAAAGGAGUUAAUAUUCAGUAUAACUGCUUAAAAAUCUAAGUGUUUGUUUAUUUAAUUAUAAACUGUGCUCUCUGUAGUUUAGUUGUUAAUAAACCUCUGCCUGUUUCCACCAGAACACGUCUAAUUCAGAUUAUUAAUCGUCUCUCGGACACAGCGAUAUUUAUUGUAGCUGCAGCGGCUCUGUGGGUGUUUCUGUGGCUGUAAACGAGUCUGUUACCUGAAAUAAACCCUGUCAGUCCUUUAAA